UUCCCUAAACAGGAAGAAAACAUCCGCUCGAGAGCUCCGACUAGUGACUAGCUUAGUUUAGCUUCGCUCGAGCGUCGACACCAGUAAUGAGAACAAAAAGUGAACGUGUGCUUAACCAUGCUGUGUCCAGAGUAGAUUUAUAACCAAAGAAUAUAAAUCUCCUUGACUUUCCUUCGGUCUGAGAGUUGACAACAGGUGUGAAUGAGUGACGUGGUGCCUCCCACAGCUCUCAGUGAAGUCCAGCUCCGGUUCUUGUGCCACGAUGACAUAGAGAGCGUGAAACUGCUCUGUGGUGAUUGGUUCCCAAUUGAGUACCCAGACUCAUGGUACCAGGACAUCACCUCAAACAAGAAGUUUUUCUCUCUCGCCGCCACCUUCAGAGGAGGCAUUGUGGGAAUGAUCGUGGCCGAGAUCAAAAGUCGGACCAAAGUGCAUAAAGAGGAUGGAGAUAUUCUUGCCUCCAGUUUUCCUGUGGACACACAGGUAGCCUACAUCCUCAGCCUGGGAGUGGUCAAAGAGUUCAGGAAACACGGCAUAGGCUCCUUACUGCUGGACAGUCUGAAGGAGCACAUCUCCACGACAGCUCAGGACCAUUGUAAGGCGAUAUACCUGCACGUUCUCACCACCAACAACACUGCCAUCCACUUCUACGAGAACAGGGACUUUAAGCAACACCACUACCUGCCCUACUACUACUCCAUACGCGGCGUCCUCAAAGAUGGGUUCACAUAUGUCCUCUACAUCAACGGGGGUCAUCCACCUUGGACAAUAUUUGACUAUAUCCAGCACAUAGGUUCAACCUUAGCCAGCCUCAGCCCAUGCUCCAUCCCGCAGAGGCUGUACCGACAGGCCCAGUCUCUGCUGCGUUCGCUGUUACCGUGGUCCAACAUCGCCUCCAAAACCGGCAUACAGUACAGCCGAACAAUGUGACACAAUAAUCUCCAGGAGUAAGAAGAUUUCAGUUUGUCGUCAGUCUUCCCUUGUGUCCACCAGGAUGCGCAUCCUCAGCACGCUGUGUAGGACACAGAACCUUUCCACUAUCGGCAUAUUACUCCUCAUUCAAUGCAUGUUUAACACACACCCGCACACAAACACAUCCGGGGUUUGUUGCUCCGUGCAUGUCGCUGAACAUGGUGGUUGCACUGCAUCAUGAUCCCAAGUGCAAUGUUGACAAUACGGUGUGAUUUGGGAGGAACCACUGGGGUUUGUGGUGUGGCAUUAGUUAUCACGUCUAUCCCGUCAAUACUACAUAACUCCAUAAUUUCGACAUAGUGUGUUUUUAGCCAGUCAUGCCAAAGCUGAGGAGUUUCUGAUCUUAGGUCAGAGAAGCAGAUUUUGGUGUGACGGGAUGGAAACAUCGGAAAAGUCAAACAGUACAAACCUUGCCUGUAUUUCUGCCUUGCUUCAUCCAAUUCACCACUGUCUUGUAUGUCUGCUGUUGGUAUAUUAUAUAUACUAAGGUAAUAGAUUUCAUAUUUAAUGUACAGUAUGUCUUAUAUUGCUGCUGCCCGUUUGGAAUAACCUCCCCUUUCCCUUCUUGACUGGAUAGAAUGUGACGUAUGGACCCAAGAACAAAUAGCAUUGGACUGUGAAUCUAGCAAUGCUUUUAAUUAUAAAAAAAGGCUUGUAGUGUAGAAUAGAGUAGGUAAUUUAUUGGGAACAACAGAACACAAUUAUUUUAAAUUUAAAAAGUUGUUCUCUUUUGACAACUGAAGAAUUUUGAUUUUUUUGUGUGUGUGUGUGCAAUAUCUAAAUGUACUGUAUUUGUGACCUUAGCACCGACACGGAUGAACACAUUUUAGCUUCUCGUUAUUACUCGCAACACAAAAGUUUACAGGCGUUUCACAUGUUAUGCAGCUAAAUUCCAUUGUAUUUUUAAACCACUCAUGAUAGAGUCCAUCUUAUUUUAAAGCUUUUAAAAGGAGUUGCUACAGCCGCGUCGGGCGUACACCUGUCAACCCUCACGUAUUUACUGGGAAAUUCCUCUUUUUCCUGGCACCCUCCCAUUUUAAUAGUUUCCUGUAUUUUAACUUUCUUGGUGGAAAGAAAUAUGGUAGGAAGACCAAAAUGUCCCUAAUUUUCCUGGAAAUGUCCCUUAUUUUCAAAUGCAAAUGUUUAAGUUGCUGCUAGUGUCAUGGAAUGACCACAUUUUGAAAAUUUGGAUUACUGUAUUUUCUGGACUAUAAAUCACUCUGGAGUAUCAAUCGCACUGGACUACAUGUCACAUUUGCAUAGCAAGAAGCAUACCUGGGACCCAGUGAUCAAGUUUAGCAAGUUCACCAAGCUCCCGAUCUCAUUCCCCAUCACUGAAUCCAUUGAAUUCUUCAUCCGCAGUGUUGCUAUCCUAGAGCGCCAUCUCGCUGUUAUUGAUGGGAAUGUUCACUCCUUGAUUUGUGACAAUAUGAAGUAACAUUUACAAAGAUGUUAUACUCUAUUUUCAUAUUUAAGUUGCACCUAAUUGAACCAGCCAAACUAUGGAAAGAAAACAGCGACUUAUAGUCCAUAAAAUACGGUAAAAACAAGGGCGUUUCUCAAAAUUGAAAUACUUGUUACAUGACAUGACGUGUGCAAUGUCCGAGAUUAGCACCUAUCAAGUGCCAAAUGUUGGUGUAAAUACAUUCAGCCAACAUGUGGUUGGUCACACUGUAGUUGCUCCGAUUGGAUUGCAUUCUGUCGUAUAUAAAAGUGACUGUGUGAAAUGUGUUGUUCAAAGGUGUGAAUUUCAAAAAGAUCAUUUCAAACAGUUUGUAUGCAAUAAAAAUUCCUUUGAUUGUAA